GCAGGGAUGGUGGCAGGGAUGGCGGCAGGGAUGGAGGCAGGGAGGUUAUGGCGGUAGGGAUGGCGCCAAGGACGGUAUGGUGGCAGGGAGGGCGGCGGGUAUGGCUGCAAGGAAGCCAUGGCCGCGCAGCAGGGAAGCCAUGGCGGCGCGGCAGGGAAGCCAUGGCGACACGCCAGGGAGAAAUGGCGGUAACGAAGACAUUCAGCAGGGGUAAAAUGACACCAGGUAGGAGAUGGCAACAGCGAGGAGGUGGCGGCGGCGAGGAGAUGACGGCUAAGGGAAGAUAUGACAGCGCGAGGAGAUGGCGGCAGGGUCAAAAUGGCGGGAGGAAGGAGAUAACAGCAAGGACGAGAUGGCGGCGAGAAGAGGGCGGCAAGGAGGAAAUGGCAGCGGGGGAGGAAUGCCGGCAGCAAGGAGACGGAAGCAGCGAGGAAAUGGGGGAGGAAGGAGAUGGCGGCAGCAAAGAGAUAGCGCGACCAGGGGGGACAAAUUUCGUCGAGGAAGAGGAGGCAAAAGAGAGCAGAUGAAAGGGCGACAGAGGGACAGGACAAGGAAAACAACAAUCGGGGAGAAAGAGCGGGGGAUAGCAAGGGCAAAGAAAAAUAGGUCAGAAUGAAAAGAGAAAAUGAAC